GGCGGGCCUCGGGAAGACAUUGUGUCUCUCACAUGCGCAACCGACAUUCACACAUCCACUUUUGCUAUACCGGUUUCCCUUCCCUAUCCCUCACGACUCGUGGAAAUCCCGCUUCUGGGCGUCUAGUUACUCGCUAGUACAUACAUCUCACGGCUCCGCGCUUCUGACAUUACGCCCACUUCGCAACAGAGAGUCAUGGCUCACAACGGAGUCCGGCGGAAGGAUACUACCAAAGGACCGCCUCUGCGUAUCCUAUCACUGGAUGGCGGAGGCGUUCGAGGAUACUCCAUGCUUAUCAUUCUGCAAGAGCUCAUGCACAGGACGUUUGUGGAAAUCGAGGGCAGGGCGCCGAAGCGACACGAAAUCCCGAAACCAUGCGACCACUUCGACCUGAUUGCGGGAACGGGGACGGGCGGCUUGAUUGCGAUUAUGCUGGGGAGGCUACGGUUGGACAUCGAUACGUGCAAGGACGUUUACGUGCGCAUGACGAAGAGGGUGUUUGAGACGGAUAAGACUUUUGCCGGCAUACCGUAUCGGUCAACACUCUUCAAGGCGUCGAAGCUGGAAGAGGCCAUCAUGGAGUGCGUUCGGGAGCACACAGUCUACGAUGAUGAAGGGCGGGACGUCGAAGGCGAUACUUUCUCGAGGACAGACCUCCGUACGCCUAUGACACCAGGAAGCGCAGUGCCAACCAUGUCGCGGAGCCCUAGCACGGCGAGUCGGUACAGCCAGAUUGGCGCUACUCCUCUUAGCCUGCGCGUUGCCGCGCUUAAGUAUGGUAACCCUCAUGCGAAGCUCUACGAUCAUAGGGAGAACCGCACAAAAACCGCUGUCACUGCAGUGUAUAAAGGGAGCACGAAGACAGGUACGGGUCAAAUCCUCCUUCGGUCCUACGACUCGCGAAAAGAAACCGCUGUUGAGCCUGAUGCGACAAUAUGGCAAGCCGGUCGAGCGACAUGUGCAACUGCUUUAGCAUUCAAACCUAUCCAGAUUGGCCAGUCUGUUUUCCUCGAUGAAGGCGUCGGCAAGUACAACCCUGCACCACAAAUCCUUGAUGAAGCCGUCUGCAAUGAAUGGCCAGGACGUGAGGUGGGCGUGUUCAUUAGCAUCGGCACCGGUAAACGGCCAGAAGGCACAAAUCAGCAGCAGCAUCUCUGGUGGGAAGGCUUUGUUUCCAGUGGUAUGGGUGAUUUUGCGGAAGCCAGGCGGAAGCUCAUCAAUAAGAUCGAAGACUGCGAGAGGAUCCACUUGUCCAUGAAGGAGCACCUUGCGAAGCGCCAAGUUAAUCCAGAGAACUAUUACCGCCUCAACGUCAACGUUGGUGUCGGCGAGUUCGGCAUGAAUGAGUGGAAUCGACUUUCCGACAUCAGCACGAAUACCCGCAUUUACCUGGCCGAGGCUGAAGUUCAGAGCAAGAACGUCGAUGCCGCCUCUAAACUUGCACGGAUCUACCGUGCCAAAAUGAGGUGGGAGCGUCUAGAGAAGCUCCGAGAUUCCGGCGCCAUCACAUAUCAGAACCCGUGGGAACGACCUCUUCCACAGGCGCCAGACGCUCAUCCUAUGGCCGUCGAACUACCAGCCGAAGAUGUCGACCCCAACCUUCAAGCUCAGUACCAGCAUCAUCCAGCAAUGCUCACUCCGAGAACAUACCCUCCACCUCCGCCAGCCGCUGAAACCGAGAAAUUCACCGUCAUUUCCUCAGACGAAUACCCUCAACCCUCCUCCAGCCUUGAACCCCGCCACUCGGGAGAACUGGUCUCGAACCGCCGAUCCCAAGAAAUAUUUAGCACCUCCCACGGAGGUGCAAGCCCACUCCACAACUCGCCUAGACUCAGCGUGACGAAUGUCGAUGGACAGCCGCCUCUACCCCCACGCCAGACUCCGCCCCCACUUCCUCCGAAGACACCCCUUCAGAGCGAGAGGCCAUCGUCGACAGUGUUUGUAACUCCACCCAUCAUUCCGCCGGCCGGCUCAACGCUACAGCGACCACCGCAGGGCGUGCAGUUGCCGUAUCCGGUCGAGGAUGGACCGCCGCCUGUGGUUAAUAAGGCGAGGAAGCCAGAGUUUACGCGGUAGUAUGUAUGCUAUAUGUCGGAUUCUUCGUGUUUCUUCAUGAGUGUGUCACAUUCAUUCUGAUGUCACGUGUAUACGAGGUUACGACUUUUAUCUGCUUAUGCCCGGUUGGGUAUCUUUUUGGUUGAUUGUGAGCGUUGAGAGCUUGGUUUUCUGCAUACGGCGUGGAGAAGUGUGGGCAGUGUGUGAGUUGUGGCUUUGAAUAGAUACCCAUUGAUGUUCGAUAAAGCGGUUUUGCAGGCUUGGAUAGGAUAAUUCGGACGACGGAGACUUAUGAAUUGAAGAUCGUGUCCGUUUGAUGAAGCAAGUAUAGUGAUGGUGGUGAUCAGCUGGAGAUGACGGGAGUUGUUCGAAAAAGAAAAGUUCACCAUCGAUGUUCUCCCAAGUCUGUUUCAAAGAUACCGAUGAUGUACA